GAUGAUUUUCGUGACGAACGUAAAAGUACAGCCCUCUCCAAAUAUUAUUGUUGCUCAAGUGAAAAACGGGGAAAAAAGUCCUAGAAAGUAAUUAGAACAGUGUACAAAUUGGUGAAACACUAUUCGUGCAUUUUAGUUCCCAGUACGCAAGUGGAAAACAGUUGAUUUGUGAGAGAAGACGAUUGGUUCCAUAUCGGCAAAGCAUCCCCAUUAAGAAAAAUGGAUGCAAACUAAAAGUAGCAGUUUUUUUCAUUUGCUAUAGUUGAGCUGAAGAAAUUUUUACCACUCAAAGUUUUGUAUUGUGAAACGAGAAGGAUUGUAGAAAUCUGAAGAUAAUCAUUAAAGCAUUGACCUCAAAGCUGCUCUUUGUUGUCUGUUUAGCAAAAAGAGUAAAAUCAGGAAUAACAAAAAAAUAAGAUAACCUGCUUUGCUUGAAGAAGAAGAAAAAGAAAAGUUGAGUUGAGAAAAAUAAUAACAAAGACUGACUUGUGUAGCCAAUUUACCAGGUGUCUCAUACCGGUACGAGAAGAAUGGAGUCCUGUGCAGCAGUUGAGAAAGAAGUCGAUAAAGUUAUCACCAAAUUCUCCGCUAUCAAUGAUCAUUCACAGCGCAUUAUAGGGGACGUAAUCGCCUUCAUCGAAAAGCUUCGUUCCUCAAUCGCGGAAGCACCAGCCGAAGAGCAACUGACUCCUGGUCAGGUUGAAGUACUGCAUGACGCGAUAACCAAAGCCAAGGACAAGCUGCAGCGCUUGACGACCGAACACAGGGAUCUGCACGGUACAGUUAGUAAGGUUGGCAAGGCGAUCGAUCGUAAUUUUGUAGCUGAUUUCACUGCCACUUCACGCACGGAUGUAUUCCAAUCCGAUCAUAACGUGACAUUGUUGAAUAAAAUUAUGGCGCAACAUUUCUACCGUCAGGGAAUGGACGACGUUGCAGAUACGCUGAUCAACGAAUCUGGCCUUCCUGCGGAAGGAAUUACACCCGAGCCAUACGCCGAACUGCACCGAAUAUGGGAGGCCAUUCAGGACCAUAAUUUGGGCCCAGCCCUCGAGUGGGCCAGCCGCUAUUCGAGCGAGUUGGACGAUCGCAACAGUUCACUCGAGUUCAAGUUACAUCGACUGGCCUUUAUGCAGAUCUUGAACGGAGGCAUUAACGCUCAAACCGAAGCUAUUACCUAUGCUCGCACUAACUUUUCCAAAUUUGUCAAACGAUUUGAGAAGGAAAUUCAAAUUCUCAUGGGAACGCUUAUCUAUCUGCCGAUCGGUGUUCAAAACUCGCCGUACAAGUAUUUGAUGGCCCCGGAAAUGUGGAUCGAGGCCGCCGAUGUGUUUCUCAAGGAUGCCUGCUCGCUGCUCGGUAUCAACAAAGACUCGCCCCUUUCGGUGGUUUUCAACGCGGGUUGUACCGCACUGCCGGCGCUACUCAAUCUUAAGCAAGUCAUGAUGUCCCGCCAGGUCACCGGAAUCUGGAACGGACGGGAUGAACUGCCCAUUGAAAUCGAUCUCGAUCCGGAGAAUCGUUUCCAUUCGAUCUUUGCCUGUCCCAUUCUGCGACAGCAGAGUUCUGAGGAUAAUCCGCCCAUGAAGCUGCUCUGCGGACACGUCAUAUCCCGUGACGCGCUCAGUAAACUGAGCAACGGACCAAUACUCAACAAUACUUUCAGAUUGAAAUGUCCCUACUGCCCGAUGGAACAGUGUCCAUCCGAUGCGAAGCUGAUUUACUUCUAAGGCGGAUCGGCUGCCGUGCUUCGCAACCUACACGCAAGUGGAGCUGAGCCAGGUAACUGAGGUCAAUGAAUGUAUUACGGUUAGCAAAUGUUCCGUUACUAUUCGUUAGGUAAUCAUCAGUCGAGUCGAGUGAACGGAAGAAGAGAACGGUACGGUUAGAGGUUCCCAUGUGAUCUUUUUUUUUUCUUUGUAAUGAGUUGAAAGAUAUAUUAAACCGUUAGGAUUACAUUACCAACCAUAAACUGCUUGCGGAAGUGAGUUGUAUAUUGCGUAUCAAAAUGAUGGUUUCAUUCGUACAACCAAUAAAUAGGACGCGAUUUUACGAACUUGAAUCAGAACCGUCAACAAACAAACCAUCCGCAGAUUUUUUUUUUGGUUUAAAGUUGGCAAUUUUGACUAUAACUCUUACAAGAUAGAUAUGUUUUGCUUCAAUUUUACACAUUUUUAUUAUGAGUUAAAUAGAUUAUUUUUAUUUACCGUAUUCACUUUUCAUCAUACUCCUAUAAUACAUGUAUACCUGUUUGUUGUGGUAAGUCCAGGGCGCGUUAAUAUAUUUUAUCACAUAAAUAGUAUGUACCUUUAUUGAUGUUACGAGAGAAUGCGUGGUUUUUGGAUUAAGCGGUAAGAAUGGUGCAGAUCAAAGCUGUACAUCAGAAAAUGCUUAUACUUAAUGCAACAAAUUUAUGACCAUAUACAUAUAUUCAAUCACGAGAAAAACAUUAAAACAUUUUUACACAAUCACUUAUAUAUUACGAGAGAAUUAGACAAGGCAUAAUACAAUUAUGAAUGAGUGAAUAGUUGUAAUGAUUUGGAAUCAUUACUGUAGACAUGUUUUCAUUGAAUGCAUCUGUACAUAUGGAAGUUCUUGAUGAUUAAAUAAAAAUU